CCGCCCCCAGCCGCCCGGGGCCGCCCGCACAGGCGCUGCUGGGAUCCGCCGCGGCCGCGCAGCGCCCUCCCCGCCAUGGCAGCGUUCGGAGCCGGCAGGGUGCUGCGAGCAGUGGCAGGGCACGGAUGGCGAGGCCUGGCUGGCAGAGCUGCUCCAGAUGUGCACAGCAGCACAGCUGGGCCUGGCUUCAGCUUCGAGCUGACCGAGGAGCAGAAGGAGUUCCAGGCCACGGCUCGGAAGUUUGCCCUGGAGGAGAUCAUUCCUGCGGCCGCUGAGUACGACAGGACUGGGGAGUACCCUGUGCCCCUCAUCAAACGAGCCUGGGAGCUUGGCCUGAUGAACUCCCACAUCCCGGAGAGCUGCGGUGAGCAACCCUGGGGGCCCUUCCCCUGCCCCCCAGCGGCUCUGCCCCUCCUGCCGCGGCGGGCACAGGCUCCCUGCAGCCCCUCUGCUGCUGCCUGGCACAGCUCUGCCGCCAGCCGGGGGCAGGCAGGGGCCAGCUGCAGGGGGAAGCUGCUGCUGGGGGAGUCCCCUGGGGCUGGGAGGGGGCUGGGGGGGGGGCACAUGGAGCCUCUCUGA